CCUGUUUAAAGCAAAGCCAGCCGUGUGUCGAAACCCUAGCACUACCGAGCCACCUUUUCUGCUCUACAUUUUUCCAUUUCUUAAACCCUAGAUUCUUCAUUCCGAGCUCAGUCUCUUCGCCGUCGACCGAUAUUUGAUAUUCGAGAGCGAUUUCAGAGCUUCGAAACGAUGUCGGACGAUGAAAGGGAGGAGAAGGAUACAAAAGCGCCGCUGAGAUUGUUAAUAAGGCUUUGCAGCUAGUAACAUACUAAACAACUAACGACGCCUCUUUCUUCUCUGAAUCUCUGCCCUAGUUUCCUCUCUGCCCUCAUACUUUCACCUCUGCGCCUCUUUCUUCUUCUUCUUCUCUCGAAAUAGCGACGUUGGUUUCUUGGCUGAUUCUCCGCCUGCCCUCAAAUUUCCUUCUCUGCCCUCAAAUUUGUACAUCUCCUUCAUCUCAGCUGCCGCCUGCCCUCAAAUUUCCACAGUGAGUUUUUAGAUUUGGAGCAACUUUCUCUCAAAAUAGCGACAAGAUGAACAACAAUGAUUUGGAGGCACAAAGUGAGAACAAUGAUUUAGAGGAACCAAUAGAUGUGGAUAUUGAGCUUGAGGAGGAUGUGGUUGAGCUCAUAGGCAUCGGUGGCCAAAAACCUCUCAAGAAGAAGUUGAAAUCAAAAGUUUGGAACUUUUUUGACAUCCUUCCUCUUGGUUCGGACAAAAAGCUUAGGAGUGCUUACAAGAAGUGUGGGCAACAAUAUCUUGCUGCCAGUAAGUAUGGAACAGAUCUCCAAAAUAUGGGGUCAGAAACAACAGUUUCUCUGAAGAAAAGUAAAAAAGCAAGUAAGAAGCGUGCAGCAUCUGAUCCAGACCAUUCAACUUCGGGAGAUAUAGUUGACAUUGGUAACGGAGAGGUGGCUGAUGGAGUUCUUGUUGAUGAUGAUUUAAAUGAGCCAACCAUGGGUGAAAAACUCGCAACUUUAAAUUUAGUAGAUGGUGAUAUAGAAAACAGAAACAAAAAUGAUGAGCUUCCUCUCGCUGCAAAGCCUCCUAGGGCAGACUCUGUUCAUGUUCUGCUUAGGCAAGCACUGCAUGCUGAUGACCGCGCCCUUCUGUUAAAUUACUUAUACACCCAAGAUGAGAAGGUUAUUGCAAAAUCAAUCUCACUCUUUAAUCCGUCAGAUGUUUCAAAGCUUCUACAGUCCCUUAUAUCUAGUAUUCAGUCAAGGGGUGCAAUCUUGGCAUGUGCCCUUCCGUGGUUGAGAUGCCUACUUCUCCAGCAUGCCAGUGGAAUAAUGUCCCAGGAAUUUUCUAUAGUUUCCUUGAACUCUUUGUAUCAGCUCAUAGAAUCUAGAGUUUCCACUUUCCAUUCUGCUCUUCAACUAUCAAGUGUGCUAGGCGUGCUUUAUGCUGACAUUGUGGACGAUGAAGUGGAUGAAAGCAAUGUGAUUGUGCCAGUUAUUAUCGAGGACAAAGAUGAAAGUGAUGAGGAGGAAUCCGAAGAUACCAUGGAAAACCGACGGAACCAGCGAGGAAGAUAGUGAGGCUCCUGAUGAAGCAUUUGGUGGUCUUAGCGAUUGAAGGAAACGACAUGAGCGAGUAGUAUACAAGACUGACAAACUCUGAGGGGGAAACCUAGUUUUGAGGGUGGCGAAAUAUCAUAUGUUAAUUGAUUAUUAUACGAGUCAAUUGUAUUAACCCGCUUAAACGCUGCAAAUGAAUGACAAAUUUUCCCGGUGUUUUUAUCUGCUGA